CUCUCUUCUACACAUGCGCAAGAUCGAACGGGCCUUCUUUCUCGCCCUACGCCGCCAACAUGGUUUUCAGGCGUUUUGUGGAGGUUGGCCGGGUGGCCUACGUCUCCUUUGGGCCUCAUGCUGGAAAGCUGGUUGCAAUUGUAGAUGUUAUUGAUCAGAACAGGGCUUUGGUUGAUGGACCUUGCACUCAGGUAAGGAGACAGGCCAUGCCUUUCAAAUGUAUGCAGCUCACUGAUUUCAUCCUCAAGUUUCCUCACAGUGCCCGUCAGAAGUAUGUUCGGCAAGCCUGGCAGAAGGCAGAUAUCAAUACAAAAUGGGCAGCCACAAGAUGGGCCAAGAAGAUUGAAGCCAGAGAAAGGAAAGCCAAGAUGACUGAUUUUGAUCGUUAUAAAGUAAUGAAGGCAAAGAAAAUGAGGAACAGAAUAAUCAAGAAUGAAGUUAAGAAGCUUCAGAGGGCCGCUAUCCUGAAAGCUUCUCCCAAAAAGGCACCUGUUGCUAAGGCUGCAAUUGCAGCUGCAGCAGCUGCUGCUGCUGCUGCUAAAGCUAAAGUUCCAGCAAAAAAGGUAACUCCAGCAGGCAAGAAGGCUCCAGCCCAAAAGGCUCCUGCCCAGAAAGCCCCAGGCCAGAAGGCAGCGCCGCCUCCAAAAGCUCAGAAGAGUCAGAAAGCUCCAGCCCAGAAAGCACCUGCUCCGAAGACAUCUGGCAAGAAAGCAUAAGAGGCUAUUAAAAAAGGAAUAAAGAUUCUUUUGACAUGUUGGCAAA